AACACAUUGAUAUUCGAACGAAGUAUGCUGUUGAUUUGGUAGAAAAGGACGAGCUCUAUCCAGAAAAGAUUCAUACUUCUUAUCAGCCUGGUGAUUUGCUGACGAAAGUUCUGCCUUUGAAUCGGUGGAGGCUCCUUGGUGAAUUUCUCUUCGGAGACCCCUUACCGGAUAUGCUGCUCUGAGGAUGCUCGCCUGUCAUGCUCUCUGCGCUUCUGUCAGGGACAGUGCUACUCUGUUCCCAUGCCGUCAGUCGCCAAAGUUGUAUGCCCCGUGUGUGAUUGACGGUGAUCCGAGCUCCAGUCUCCGACAGGGAGAUUCAACCGAUCCUGCUGCGGUGGCUUCCAGGCUUUAUCUUCCGUCUUUUCUCCGAUUCAGGGAGGGUGGUGUCUCGGGUGAUGAAACCGAGGAGACUCUCAUGGAGAACGUGAAGGAAUCGGAUGAAUCGGAAGGAGGAUAAAGACAGACACGUACGGUCUUCCUCAAGCCUGUGGCUAGCUGCAACCAAGACAUCUGUUCUAGGUUAGUAUCUUAGAAACUCGCUCAUCCUGAUCUAUGGAACCCAUGACGGUAGUGAACGAUGAAAUUGAAUGGCCAAAAAAAUGAAAAUUGAGAAAGAAAUGACGGAUGAGUCGAGAUCGAUAAGUCAUGUGGUUGAAAUGAAAGCGCUGACGUCAAAAAUGAUUGUGCCUUGGCAAAACAAUGAUCCCCGGGGUAGAUAGGAUAGAAAGGGCCCAUAGAUUAGAAACGAGAAAAUUGUGUUCAAAACAAUCAGAGAUCAAUCAAUGCAUUGCAAGAAUUCUGAACCUGAUCUCUGGAGCUUGAUCGGAAUUCUAAAUUCUUGGCAUCAUCAAUGGGUGGAGAUGUCUUCAUUGCUCAAUGCGCAAGCUUCAGAGAGGUCACAUGAUGACCAAUCCCAUCAUGAGGAUCAGGUUGAAGAGGAGGAGGAGCUGUCUGACUUGAAA